GGCUCUUCUCUUCUUCUUCUUCCUCCUCCCCAAAACCCUACUACCCUCUUUUUGGCUCUCCCGCUUGCACUCCCCAUACCCAAUACACCGAACUUCCAUCACAAUGAGCAGAUCAGGCCAGCCUCCAGAUCUCAAAAAGUACAUGGACAAGAAACUCCAAAUAAAGCUGAAUGCAAAUAGGAUGGUGGUUGGAACACUUCGUGGGUUUGAUCAGUUUAUGAAUCUUGUGGUUGACAACACUGUGGAAGUGAAUGGCAAUGAGAAAGCUGACAUUGGCAUGGUGGUGAUAAGAGGAAAUAGCGUGGUUACUGUAGAAGCCCUUGAACCUGUGGGCAGAAUGCAGUGAGUGAUGCUGGUUUUUCCAUUGACUAUUGUUGUUUGGGAUUGGGAUGCGUUAUAUAAUUGAAAAUUAUUAGUAAGUUUGAUGGA